AUGAGCUCCGGGGGCCGCCGCCGACCGGGACCGGCACCGGCGCCGCUUCCGCCUCCCGCACCUUUCCCCUCUGACCCCGUGACGUCAUGGCGCGGUGACGUAGCGGGCGGCGCGGCGGCGGCGGCGGCAGCGCGCGGGGGGCUGCGAGGGGCGGCCGCUGCUUCUCGCGAGAGUUCGAGCAUGUACCUGAGGAGCGCUGCCCGUGCCCAGAACCUUCUGUGUGCCGGGGUCCAGCGGCUGCUGCUGACCCAGCCGCAGUCCAGAGGCGUCUCUCACAAAGCCGUCAUCUUCGAGGAGAGCGGGGUGCUGCUCCCAGCCCCUCACAGGACAGCCACAGACUGGGAGGCCCAGAGCUGCAUUCCAGCCGGCACCAUCCAGCAAGCUGCACUGUGUGGAGAGGAGAACAGCCUCUCUCUCCAGUAUUCCAGAGGAGAGCUGACAGCUGUGGAGUUCCUGCAGGAGUUGGGACAGCAGUGCUUUGAGAUUGCAAAUGUCCGCGUUCCAGUGCACUCCUUUCUCCGGGAUUUAAUCCACAAUGAGGUGAUAAAACAGCUCCCCAUAAUGGCAGAAGCAGCUCAGUGUAUCCGGGCAGAAGGGCUGAAGACAGCUCUGCUGAGCCACAGCUUGUGCCUGAGGGGUGGAGAGAGGUUCCUGCCCCUGGACCAGCAGCACUUUGAUGUGGUGGUUGAAUCACACCAGGAAGGGAUGCGCAGGCCAAAUCCUGGGAUCUACAGGCUCUGCUUGGAGCGCCUGGGUGUCCAGCCCCAGGAAUCCAUCCUGCUGGACAGCAGCAGCCAGAACCUGAAGGCAGCAGCCCAGCUUGGCAUGAAAACAGUGAAGGUUGAUGAUCCAGAGGCAGCACUCAGAGAGCUGGAAGCCCACCUGGGGUUUCCUUUGCGAGGGUUUGUUCCCUAUACUCGUGCAGUGAGACCGGGCAUGGAAAUCCCAAAGGAUCGUCUGCAAAAGUACCUCGAGGAUGUUCUUGGUGCCCACCCAACAGCCCCACUGGAGCUACGGCAGUUUGACCACGGAGACUCCACCCGGAGCUAUUUGGUGAAGUUUAGAGGUCAUUUGCUGGUGCUGAAGAAGGAGGAGGAGCCUCCCUCAGGCCCCUCAGGCCCUUCUGUCCCAAGGGAAUACAGGAUCCUGAAGGCUCUGGCUGAGGCUGGUGUUCCUGUGCCCCCUGUGCUUGCUCUCUGCGAGGACAGAAGCAUCCUUGGCACUCCUUUCUACCUGCUGGAGCACCGUGCUGGCCACGUCCACCGCGCCGCGGCGCUGCCCGCGGUGCCGCCGCGCCGGCGCAGGGCCUGCUACGCGGCCAUGGCACAGGUCCUGGCCAGGAUCCAUGGCCUGGACCUCGGAGCUGCCAAGCUGCAGGACCUCGGGGAGCACGGAAAUUACAUCCAGCAGCAGGUUGAGACCUGGACAAGGCAGUAUCGAGCUGUGGAAACUCACCUGAUCCCAGCGAUGGAGAGGCUCAUCCAGUGGCUGCCUCUGCAUUUUCCUGAAUCCCACAAGACAACAGUGGUGCACGGUGAUUUCAGGAUGGACCACCUGGUCUUUCAUCCAGACAGGCCAGAAGUCCUUGCUGUGCUGGGCUGGAGGUUUGCCACUCUAGGAGAUCCCAUGUGUGAUUUGGCGAAUAGCUGUGUGAGCUUCUUCCUGCCAGCCCACUUUGGUGCCCGCAGAGGCUUGAGGGACUGUGACUUGGGGCACCUGGGGAUUCCCACGGCAGAGGAGUAUUCCCAGCUGUACUGUGGCCACGCGGGAGCAGAGCGCCCGGAGAACUGGAAUUUCUACCUGGCCUUUGCCUUUUUCCGCCUGGCUGUGGUGCUGCAGGGACGUCACCGUGGCUCCCUGGCAGGGAGGCCAGCUCCAGGUGACAGCAGCCCCAAGGACGCAGAGUUUGUGGCCGAGCUGGCUUGGGAUUUUGCCGUUAAAGAAGGAUUCCGCGUGUUUGAGAACCUCCCGCCCACAAAGCUGCUCGCACGACAUUGCAGCACCUGGGCGGGGCGAGGGCCGUCCCUGGGCAGGAGUUUCAGCACCUGGGCACGGCCUGGGGCAGCCCCCGUGCCCAGAGUCCCCCUGGACACGUCCUCUGCCAGAACUGCAGGCAGAGUGCCAGGACCAAGGCACUGGUGCUGAUGGCUGCCAUGGAUCAGAGCACCAAGCACAUCUCUUCAGCACAACCUCCAGCAAUCUGCAGGUGCUGAGAGAGUCUAUGGUGGUGGAAGAAACUGAAUCCAGUCCUCGAGGUCUCUGGAUUCAGAGGAGACUCCAUUGCUGAGGCAGUGCCUGCCCUGUGGAGCUGGGAGAAACUGGGAGGACACCCUGGUCCCAUGAGUGUGGUGGGGUCUCUUUGGAGACCACGGAAGAUGCAGACUGGAUCUUUGGGAGCUUUCAGUGUUUUACAGAGGCCAGAGCAAGGAGAGAGCUGUGGGAACAACUACGGUAACUUUAUGAGCAUGAGCAAUUUAUAUGUUGUAUUAAUUAAGUAUUAAAGUAAUGGGUACGGUUCUUUGGGCUCUCCUGCUCCUGCAGCGUGGGUGCAGCCUCACAGCGCCUCUGCCCAGGGUGGCCGCUGCCUCCCAGCCCUCAGGGGCUCCAGGGGCGCUGCACAGAGCCCUGGGGGCCGUGCUGGCGCUCAGCGCCAGGACCGUGCGGCUGGAGGGAAGCCGGUAACCUGAGCCCUGGAUUCUCCCAAGCUCCAGGGUGAAAUUCCACCUCGGCCUCAGGCAUUUGGCUCUGCUGUGGAAGGGGGAGGGAGCCGGGCCUGCCUCUGCCCAGCCCAGACAUUUGGGAUGGGUUCCCAGCAGGCACCUGACUCCCGCACCUCCUACCUCCUCCGGGCGGGCUCGGGGGGCUCAGGAAGGCUUUUAGUGCCGCUGGAUCUGCCUCCAGGCCCCGGGGGAGGGACGGGGCUGCUCGAGGGGACCAAAAGCUUUAUUUAACACAGGACUGGUGCUCAAUGUCGUGCGUUGUCCAUGCCGGGAUCAGCAGAAGACAGACAGGAUACGAAUGAGGGCUUAGCCCCGAGCUGGAGCUCAGCUCUGUGCCCUGGGGACCCCUCGAGCCGUUCCCUCGGGGCACAGCUCUGCAGGCAGAGCAGGUCUGGCAGCUCCCACCGGUGGUUUUACAGCAGGGCUGUAGCAGGAGGGAGAACACGUCGGAACAAGAGGUCCCUGCGAGUGCCACUUUCUAAAGAGCUGUCCGGGAACCCGUCACCCUUCAAAGGAUACGGGCGGACAAGGAUGAGGGAGGCUGAGAUCCAGCACAAGAGGAUUUCUUUUCAGCUGAUCCGGGGAACACACGGCCUAAUCCUGCUGGAUAACCUCGGGCAGGCGUUUUGCCUUCUCUGGGCUGUGCUGUCCUCCCUGCACAACGGGGCUGAUCCUCGCCUCUGCUGAGAGAAACGCCUGGAACGUGCAAAUGCAGGAACCUCCAGCAAGAUUUUCUGCGACCUGGGUCGUCCACGGUGAAACUGUUCCUGAACUCACAUAUUCUCCAAAUUUCCUGUCCCCUUUAGUAAACCAGGGCCAUCGCUGUCACCCUUCACAGACCCCUCACUGGGUCUCAUACGAGUUAAUACCACUGGUAUUUUUUUUUUAGGGGUUAAAAACUCUUUGUAUUUUUGGUCUGUGGCUUCCUUAGCAAUGGUGAUGAUAACCCGAGCACACCUCUGUUCCCUGCACGUGAGUCUGCACUUGGAUACGCUGAAGUUGCACAAGGCAUGUAAAACAAACCAAAAAAAAGCCCUUUAGCCAUUGUUGGGAGCGAUUUCACAAAGCCUCUCAUUUGCAUUCACCGAGAAGCUCCCUGUUGUGAAAGCGCUGCCCUGGCUUUGUUCCCGCCACACGGGAGGGUUUUUGGGUGCCCGGGUGGACGGUAAUGGUGGCACAUCCGUGGAACCGGGAGUCCAGGACCCAAAUUCUCCCUCACCAUCCUCUCGCAAAAGUUACCAGCGCAGCGGAGACGUUUCUGGGGUUUUUCCCCCUCUUUUUUCCUAAUUGCUGCCUCCAAUGAGGCACAAAGUUCCCUGAGCAUGGACGGGAGAGGACAGAGAUGGGACAGGGACGGGGCCCGGGACAGGGACAGGGACAGUCAGCGCCCGUGCUGGACACGGAUGAGGCACCAAACUAAGCCCGAUUUGAACUGAACUGAGCUGAACCGAGCCGAACGGUGCUGAGCUGUGCCGAACCCAGCUGAGCCACGCCACGCUGAUCCGAACGGGACCGUGCUGAACUGAGCUGAACUGAGCUGAGCCAAACUGUGCUGCUCGAACCGAGCCGGAUCAAGCCUAUGGAUACUGAGGUGGUUCUACUCGUGCCGAGCCAAACCGAGCCGAGGUGGGCGGU